GCUGUGCCUUCCAGUGGAAAAUACUCAGGAAACUUCACGUAUUGUUUAUUUUGGUUAGAACUAGCCCGUAGUAGUUUGGCAAGUAUCCUAAUUGAGAAACGUCACAAUUUAUUCAAGGGCAGCUGCAUCUUCCACUUACGCAUUUUUCAGAGGGAUUGAAUGUGCUUGUGAUAGCCAUACUGUGAGCUGGGUACCUCUUCUAUCAGGGUUGGUACAGUAGGCCUCACUAAACUUAGCUGCAACUAAGAAUUUCUCCUACAUCAACUGAGUUAAGGCUGAUGCUCUUGUGGAAUGUGGAUUAAAAGUGCGUGCUAAGUUCCAAAUUUCCAUUUGAGAAGCGGAGAAAGUAAAUGUACCACAACCACCAGCAUCAGGACAGCAAACCAAGGGACAAAGAAUUUGAUCCGCAGUGUUGAUAUAUGUUAACUGGUUCACGUGUUGCUUAAGAGACGUUUGCUGGGGGGCGAGAAGUGGACGUCAGCUGUGCGAAGUCAUUUUGUUUACAAAAAUGAGGGCUUCUUUGGAAACAGCAGACAUUGCCAUUGUGGCUCUGUACUUCGUGCUUGUAAUGUGCAUAGGUUUUUUUGCCAUGUGGAAAUACAAUCGAAGCACCGUAAGUGGCUACUUCUUGGCAGGGCGUUCUAUGACCUGGGUAGCUAUCGGUGCAUCUUUGUUUGUGAGCAAUAUUGGAAGUGAACAUUUCAUUGGGCUCGCAGGAUCUGGAGCGGCAAGUGGAUUUGCAGUAGGUGCAUGGGAAUUCAACGCCUUAAUGCUUUUGCAGCUUUUAGGAUGGGUCUUCGUCCCCGUCUACAUCCGGUCAGGAGUGUACACCAUGCCUGAAUACUUGUCCAAGCGUUUUGGAGGGCAUAGAAUUCAAAUCUAUUUUGCAGCGUUGUCUCUAAUUCUUUAUAUCUUCACCAAACUUUCAGUUGACUUGUAUUCAGGGGCACUUUUUAUUCAAGAAUCGCUAGGUUGGAACCUCUAUUUGUCAGUAAUCCUCCUUAUUGGAAUGACUGCGCUGUUGACUGUGACUGGAGGUCUUGUGGCUGUCAUCUACACAGACACCCUUCAAGCUCUGCUUAUGAUUAUCGGUGCCCUCACACUUAUGAUCUUAAGUAUUCUGGAGGUUGGUGGGUUUGAAGAAGUUAAAAGAAGGUACAUGUUAGCAUCACCAAAUAUUACGUCUAUCUUGUUAACCUACAACAUUUCCACUACUGAUUCCUGCAAUGUGGACCCAAAGCCUGACGCUCUUAAAAUGUUGCGCGAGCCAACAGAUGAAGAUAUUCCCUGGCCUGGAUUUCUGUUGGGACAGACCCCAGCUUCUGUCUGGUACUGGUGUGCUGACCAAGUCAUAGUUCAGAGAGUUUUAGCUGCAAAAAACAUUGCUCAUGCCAAAGGAUCCACUCUGAUGGCAGGCUUCUUAAAGUUGCUGCCAAUGUUUAUUAUAGUUGUCCCAGGGAUGAUUUCACGAAUACUGUUUGCAGAUGAUAUCGCCUGCAUUAAUCCAGAACACUGCUUUCAAGUCUGCGGGAGCAGAGCUGGAUGCUCUAACAUUGCCUACCCACGGUUGGUGAUGAAACUUGUACCAGUUGGUCUGCGGGGACUGAUGAUGGCUGUGAUGAUUGCUGCACUGAUGAGUGACUUGGACUCUAUAUUCAACAGUGCCAGCACCAUAUUCACGCUUGAUGUCUACAAACUCAUUCGGAAGAGCGCGACGUCUAGAGAACUGAUGAUUGUAGGAAGAGUCUUUGUGGCGUUCAUGGUAGUUAUAAGCAUUGCCUGGGUCCCAAUAAUCGUAGAAAUGCAAGGCGGUCAGAUGUACCUUUAUAUUCAAGAGGUAGCAGACUAUCUGACCCCACCGGUGGCUGCUCUGUUUCUUAUGGGUAUAUUUUGGAAGCGUUGCAAUGAACAGGGGGCGUUUUAUGGUGGAAUGGCUGGGUUUGUCCUCGGCGCGAUACGGUUGGUACUGGCGUUUAUCUAUCGCGCUCCAGAGUGUAACCAGCCAGAUACUAGGCCAAGCUUUAUCAAAAACAUCCAUUACAUGUAUGUCGCUACAGCUCUGUUCUGGAUCACUGGGAUUGUGACCUUUAUAGUAAGCCUGCUUACGCCUCCGCCUACAAAGGAACAGGUUCGGACAACCACUUUCUGGGCUGUGAGAAACAGGAAUGUAAAAGAGAAUACUGCGAAGGGGGAGCUGUACAAAGUGCAAGAAAAGAACAUCUUGAGGUGCAAUGAAAACGCUAAUCAUAUCAUUCCAAAUGGCAAAUCUGAAGAAAACAUUAAAAAUAUUAAGCCUGAGGAUAUCAAUCUUCUGGUCACUUGCAGAGAUGACAGCAACCCAGUGAUUUCUGUAAGUCACUCUGAAGUCGAGACACCAGUUGAUUGCUAUUCGAACGGACAAGCAGCUUUGAUGGGUGAGAAAAAGCGCGAGGAAGAAACUGAUGAUAGAGAGAGACAUUUGAAAUUCAUAGAUUGGUUCUGUGGCUUUAAAAGUAAAAACAUGAACAAGAGAGCUGUUCGGGAGAUCGAGGAAGAGACUGUUUGUUUACAAAUGCUGGAAGAGACUCCAAAAGUUAAGCUAUUACUAAAUACUGGACUGGUCUGUGUCUGUUCGCUUGGAAUAUUCAUGUUUGUCUAUUUCUCUUUGUGAGUGAAUAGUGAACUUUUAAGGGUAUGGCUAAACAUACAGAAGUUGAUACAGGUCUCUGGAGAUUUUUUUUAUUUUUUUUCCAAAUAACAUAACUGCAACCCAGGCAUUGUUUACGCUAUAAUUGUAAAAUCAACUCAACUUUAGCCUAUUUAGAGACCAUUUGAGACAUGUUGUCCUAUCUCUGCUGAAGGCAGAAUGUGUUGUGUGGUGUCUCCCUUUUCCCCUUUGUCUUUUUUCUUAUCUUUUGUUUUCCCCAUUUGCAGUAUUAACCUUUUCUUUUUCCAUGAAUACAUGUAUAAAUAUACCAAAGGCAGGCAGGUGGCUGUGUUUGAAGUCAGGCAGCUCUAGAGUUCAGUCAACAUGAAGGUGAAGAUAACAAGUAAUCAUUUACCUAUGUGUAACAUCUGAAACGAUUAAAGCUGUGUUGAAAGAUUUUAAAUGUAAGGCUGUGAUACACAUUAUUGUAUAGUUGUUCUUUGUAACGGAACUGUGUUACCUUGGCCAACUUAAUACAUAUGAAUUUUGCUCAAUGCUUCUAGUUAUUUCAGUUUCUCAGUUCUCUUAUGGCAACAACAGGAUGAUAUUUUCCUCAUCUUGUAGUAUUUAAAAUGUGAUACCUGUCAAUAGCUUUCUGUCAUUUUUCCCUGUAAGGAAAUGUUUGUCCUUUUUUAAAUUCACUAUUAAUUCCAUUACUGAAAAAUUGGUAUAUUUAAAAACAAAAACACCCUGGAGAUAAACUGUCAAUGGGGGGAGGAGGAAAGGAACUAUCUUUAUCAGACAUUUGUAGUAUGUCGAAAGAAUAUAUAUUCAACCUUGUCUGUCCCCAAACCUUUAGCCUUGUAUUAUCAUUGACAUAAUUAGGGUUAGCCUAUUUGUAGAGAAAAGCCUACACAUAGGUUCUGCCAUGUGGGAGAAAGGGAAAUGUGAGGCUUGCAUGUCUUCAGUUUGGUAAACACACCAAAAAAUGACUCUCUUCCUCUGUGAUGUAUGUCUAAAAGGAGAUAUUCCGCAGCCCUACUGCUGCUGAGUCUGUAAAGGGACAAAAAGAAGUGGGAAGGGAGGAGGAGGUUGGGGGAAGAGGUGGAAGGGGUCCUUAUUUUCCAGAGUCCUUUUACCUAAUGCCUUCCCCCACUUCUCCUUUCGCUCCCAGACCUUUUUUAAGGAAUGAGUCACGAGGGAUUCUGUGUCAGGAGAUGAGGAGCAACUGCAGUAGUAAUCUGUGCCGGCAUUUGAGGACUCCUCAAAAAAACAACAACCCAAAAACCUGAGCCUUUUCCUGGGCAGUCACAGGUGGCUAGUAGGUGUUGAGGCAGUCAGGGUCUCUCCUCCCAGAGGACGGUGACGAAGUCCUCCAGUUCUGUGGGGUAUGCGUGCUGGCGAGUCAAUGGGGUCCAGCAGACCAAAAGGCAGCAGAGUGGGGGUUUUGUCCGCUGCACCCCCAGUAAAACAGGAGGACCUGUCCCCAGCCCAGGUGCUUUUGCCCUUACUGGAAACUGUCUCAGCGAUCAGCUUGGUAGCCAUUGCGUAGCCAGGCCACGGCCUGGUUACGUGCGUAGUCACAGACUGGACGGAGUUGGGGCUUGGUGUCAGGCCCUGAGGCCUGCUGACAGAGUGUGGCUGCACUCCCUUCGAGCUCCCUUGCCCCACAGAACUGCCUCCAAAAUUAAUUCCUGCAGCUGUCUUUGCUCCUGAGCUUGUCUGGGGAAUUGUAUGGGAGACCAGUAACCGGCCAGGCCAAAAACAGCCCAAGGGACCAUGCCAACUGUGUAAUGGUGUAGAUUCAAGAGUCCAGAAAUGUCUCCUUGGCACAGUCUAAUUUAAUAAUGUAAACUUAAGAAAAAGUUCUGUAGAGAUGAAAUUUGAGUUAAUCUUGCCUUUGACUGCUGGAGAAAGUUUGCUUUCCAUUACAGUGGUCCCAUAAGCUGCAGGCUGUCUAAAUAGCUUAUAGUAGUAUGAUGAAUAUAAUGCAUAUUUUCAGGUAAACUGAUCAGUGUCUAGUUUUGUGGGGGAUUUUCCGUUUUGUUUUGAAAUCAGUCGAAUCCCAUUAGUUCUGAGACUCUAAUUGGAGGAUGAGAUAUCUGACUUCUGUCCACUUUUAGUUGUUGCCACUGGAAAGUAGAAUAACUGGAAAUGCGGUAAUAAGCGUCAGAGCUGUGUUGGAAUAUAUGGAGGAGAGGAGAGUUACCAUACCUGAGUCUUGAUGUUAAAACCAGUGUGACAAGAUGCAUUUUCUUAGUUUGUGUGGCUGCCUUCAUUCAGAAAAAAAUAAAAUAAAAUCCUUUUUAGUAGUACUAGGUAAAGUCCUAGUAUGUGAAGUGUUAAUGGAAUCUCAAUUCAUGAGUGGGGGGAACUGGGAAGGAUGAUAUUAUGUGUAAAGUAAGAUACAAAACAUAAUUAAUUGCUUCUGUGCAGGAUAGUCUAGAACGAAACUUUACUGAUCAUAGUGGAGUGAAAGAUAAAUUUAAAGGGUAGGGAUAAGUGUCAGAUCAGCAAUAUCUCCUUGAAAACUGUAGGAUCUAGAAUGUAAGAUUUGGCACAGGGAAAGAGACUCACGUGCCAGGCACUGUCCCUUACCAACUCGGCAUGUUUUUCCAUCAGUGGCUGGUACUUGGGUUUUCCAGACCAGUCCUCUUGGCUCUAGUACUAACAAAUGCAUUGUCACCUAACCUGUGAAGUCAGGUUAGCUCAGGGACCCUGUUGCUUCAUCCUUGCUUAUUUUUCCAGGGUGCCUUACAUGGUUAUGAAGCUGAAGGCAUGGCUUUUAUUGCCACCUGAAUAGUGGUUUGAUUAUAAUGUCUUUUCCCUGGUUGUUUUUCCGCAUUUCUUCCCCCAGGCCAUUUGCUGUUUAAACAGAUCUCUGUUUAAAUAGUUAAUGCAUAGGAUGCAUGUAUCCAGGGCAGUAUUAACUACAAUCAAAUCUAUGAUGAAAUUGAUUCUUUGACCAUCAUAUGGAGUCACAAUCCUUCCCAAAUGUACAGUGCAACAUUUGACUGUUGAAUCUGAGAUACUCUGCAUUCCAGUUAAUAUAUUCUUUCUUUUGCUAACCUAACAAGUUGCUGAAUUAAUCACAGUGAUAAUUGGCAGUCAGUCAGAAUCUUUAAGAAGUAAUACUUUGCAUCCCCCACCUUUCAAACUGUUAUUGUGAAGAAGCUUUUAAGCAAAUUGUUUCUCCAGUGUUUUUUUCUCUUACUUGAAAACAUUUCUAUGCUACUCUCUGCCUAACGUCGGCCUCUUCAAUUGUGUUCUGUUUCUGUGUCUUAGAGGUCAUAAAACUUGCUGAUAUUCUUCGCUGCAUGUAACCACUUAAUGAAAACCCUUUAUCCAAAAAAAUAAAAAUAAUAAUAAAAAAAAAAGGCUUCAAGCAAACUGUUGGUGAGCAAAUACCUCACCUUGAGUUAUGAACUACAGUGUAAGAAGCUGCUUGAGGGUUUUUUAUAGCGUAAACAUGCCUUUGCUAAUUUUCUGGUCAUGACCUACCUAGAACCCCGGUUAAUAUGUUUUGGUUUGAGCACCAACUUUUCAGUCUGGUAAAACCACAGAGUGUCUCCCAUAAUGGACAAUCGGUUCCAUAAAUUUUAAUGACUGGCCUCCUCCGAGGUGUGACUGGCUAGCUGUGCAGGGGUAGAGCCAGGAGGACACUUGGCUUCUGUGUCUGCAGUGAGGGGUUUAUUUAUUGCCUUGAACUUAGAAUGACAGUCUUGAAAAAGUUGUUCUGGAAUGACACCUUUUUUGUUGUUAUUCCCCUUAACUUAUUUUUCUGUUAAGAUAUUUGAAUCUUCUCCCAGAAAUUUGUUAGAAGCCUUUUAUUUAAAUAAGAAGAAAUAAAGUCAAAAAAAGAAGGCUUCGUGAGCACUUAAUAGUACAUUCUGGGAGACUGUUCUUAUUUAAUUUUUUUUUAAAUGAAUGAUUUGAAGCUAUUCUCUGCCAAAGGUUUUUUUUUUUAAACUGUUGUUUUGUUUUUGUUUUUCCUGUUAGCUUUUGCUAAUACCUGAAAGGAAAUGGUGAGAGUUUUGUAAGAAAUUAAAAUGGCCUUCAGUAUACCCGUUGUAUUUUUUUACUUCUCCAAAUCUGUGUUUCCCUUUUCACCCUUAUCCCAGAAGGGCCAGCAUGAGACUUCUGAUGCAAGUCAUGAAAGUACUGUAACUGAGUAGUGGAAAGGAUUUCCCACAAGGUUACAGCGAAGUGGGCAGAGCCAUCAAAGGAUCUCUGCAUGAACACUUAAAGCAGAAGAUGCUUACAACUUUAAAACAUACAGCUUUAUUUUUUUUAUAUAUAUAUUUUUUUAAAUCCUAAGAUAAAGGAGGUGUUGGGAGAUGCUCCCUUUCAGAGAACAGGAUACAUGGAAGAAGUUGGAGUUUGUAAGCUCUAACUCUUUUGAGGAAAUCUUUGGAUUUAGCAUGUAUAGCAAAGCAAAAAUACUCAUCUGUUAAUUUGGUAUUCUGUAUGUUCUGUGCCCUUAAAUGUAAUUGUUUUGAAAAUAAAACUAACCUUGUUACGUGAUGUUAAAAAGCAAACUUGUGUGCAAUGUUUUAAUUUUUUUUAAGAAAAUGUUUGUAUAUAAUUAAAUGGUUUAAUGUGCUUUAAUUGGCCUAAGGUAAAGAGUAGUCCUAGAAUGUAAACAUAUAUAAUUAGGAUUUCUGAUUUCACUGUGAGAUCUCUGAACUCUCUUGUUUUGCAAAGUGGUUUGUUUUGUUUACAAAACACUUCCUAUGAUUUCUUUUAUGGUGUUGGUUCAAAGGCAUUUGCUUCACUUCUGUUCUAAUAUUGAAUUCAUGGUAUAGUGACAUCUGGUGACACUUAGCAUUAUCAGUUUCACUGUGUAAAGUCAGACACUUUGAGCAAAAAUGGUAAUGAUAUGACAAUUCUCUGUGUCUAUGAAUACACGUUUUUAAAUGAGGUGGUUAUAAAAAUAGUUGCUGUGCAAAAUGUUAGUAGUCUUCUUCAAGAAGAAAGCAAAUUUUCUAAUAUCACUAGAGCAGUCUCUUCAUUCAUCUUAUUUUUGAAGCACAGUGUCAAAGUGAUGCUGCUUUACCUUGUAUCUCUGAUAUAAUGUUUUUUUAAAUAUCUGUGAAGUAUUUUUUUUGUUGCUGUUGUAUUUUUCUGCAGAUUUUAUAUAAAAUACCAGUUAAUGAACUGCCUUUUUUUUAAACUAUUCAACUAAAAUACAUUUCAGACCAAAACCAAAUGAUAUCAUAUAGCAUUUGAAACCUGCCUUUUUUCCUUGUCCAUUUUUUUCUUUUUUUUUUUUCUGUUUUGUUUGAAAUAAGCCAAAUGGGCAUGUAGAUAAGAUCGCUAUAAUGGAUCCAGGUCUCUCUUUUGGUAAAGUGUUAUUUAAAGGUCUAUUAAGAUCUUAUAAGACAAUAUACUGAAAAAAUUAUUGUAGUAGGAAUAUAGUUUUAGAAGUGUUAAUGAGAUUAAUACAGCUUAAUUAUACUUGUAAGUUGCUACUGUCCAUAAUGACAAGCUUUUUGUCAUAGAAACGAUGUAUGAUAAAUUAAUUUUGGUCUAGUGUAUAGAAUUAUCAUAUUGCUAUAAAUCUUUGAAGUAAAUCUGAUGCAAAUUUUCAUAGUUAGCAUUGCUGGCCCUGUGUAUACUGUUCUUUGUAUACUGUAUGCAUAUUAUUUUGCCUACUGCAUUAGUCUUCAAACUAAAACUCUUGUUAGAGAGUAUUUGGAUACUUCAGACUGUGUUUCUUGCAGUUUACAUUCCUUUACCAUGGCAUUUUGUCCUGUCUAAAAGUAUUGUAUGGAAAUGUUUAAAACUUCUGUACAAAGUUUCAAUAAAAAUAGAGGAAAAACCAGAA